AUGUCAAUGGUGCCGCGUUUAUCGUGCUAAACCAGCGGCCCCCAAGAUGUCACCUCUACCUUCGCCAAGGGUAAGUCCUUACGUUCGUCCUUUUACGUUUGUGGGCCUUGAUUAUUUUGGACCUAUGAUUGUGAAGAGAGGCCGCACCAACAUCAAACGGUGGGUCGCACUCCUCACAUGUUUGACUGUAAGAGCUGUGCAUUUGGAAGUGGUGCACACUUUGACUACGGAGUCAUGCAAAAUGGCUAUUCGGCGCUUCGUGGCGAGGCGUGGUGCACCACAAAGGAUAUACAGCGACAACGGUACCAACUUUCGAGGAGCUGCCAAGGAGUUGUCGGAAGAGAUGAACGCUAUCAACCGUGAGAUUGCUGGAACAUUUACAAAUGUCGACACGGAAUGGAUUUUCAACCCACCGUCAGCCCCCCACAUGGGCGGAGUGUGGGAACGGAAAGUUCGGUCAGUGAAGGAAGGAUUCAAGGUACUUUCGCAUAGAAAGCGGCUGGACGACGAGAGCUUCGUAACGUUAUUAGCAGAGGUGGAAAUGAUGGUUAAUUCGCAUCCUUUAACCUUCGUACCGUUAGAGUCACCUGAACAACCGGUCCUCACGCCAAAUCAUUUUUUAAUGAUGAGUUCCAGUGGAGUGAAUGCUGAACCGAGGAUCCCAGUUGAAGAGUCUACUGCGUUAAGAACGAAUUGGAAAUUGAUGCUGCACUUAACAGACCAGUUCUGGAAGCAGUGGAUUAAGUCGUAUCUGCCCACGAUCGCCAGGAGGACCAAAUGGUUUUCGAAUGUACGACCGUUAGAGGAAGGAGAUCUUGUGAUCAUCGUGGAUGAGUCGGUACGAAAUGGAUGGCAACGCGGUCGUAUCGUACGAGCAUAUUCGUCACCGGAUGGACAGGUCCGCAAGGUAGAUGUGCAAACUGCCUGCGGUGUAGUAAGGCGUCCAGCUAUAAAGGUUGCUUUGCUUGACUUAUUAGAGGACGGUAAGACCACCUAGCCAGGUGGCAUUACGGGUCGGGGUGUGACGGUUAUUGGGACCGCGACGGUACGUCGCCGCCGCACUCUGCAUUGGGACUUUAUUGCGAUGACGUUUAGGUAGCAGAUAAGGAGAAAAGAAGAAUGGAAAUACUGAUUGUCAUUUUGUGAAAGAUAACUACACGUUGAACUGGUGCCACAUUUAUAUUAAAAUAUUAUGAUAAUUGCAGUCUCUAUGCUUAAUGUUAAUGCUAAGUAGUGCUAGCCCUCGUUGCCUAUGAUAUCUUAGUGUUUUUUCCUGAACAGAACUCUAAUACAUUCAUAGAAUCUGCUACUAGCAUAGGAGGUGGAUUAGGUAGUACGUUUGACUUAGUAGCACGUAGGUAUUCUAUGAAUUUGUCCAUGAAUUUGCAAAACCCUAAAUGAAUUAUAUUGUAGCUAGAUCCUAACCUCACACGGCCUUGGUUCGUAUGCGAAGCAUCGGCAGGGUAAUGAGAACUAAUUUGUAAGUAGAAUUCUAUAUGUUAGUUGGAAUUUCUGGUAAUAAAUCUAUAUUUCAGUUGAGUCUCUCUCACACCACACGAAAGGACUACAAAAAGUUUCUCAAC